AUGGUCUUUCUGCUAGCGGUGAACAGUUUUAACCUGGGAACUAUCAUGGCCAACGAAAUACCAGAUCCCAUCAACGAUGGUCAGACUUCCGAGAGGAAUGUCGAAGCACAGAGCACAUUUGCAUCUACUUUAGUCGUGGAUGUGGAAAAGUCACUGCAUGGUAAAGGAACGGACGCCAGCAAGUCCUACAGAAGGCCGAAUGGCGUGUCUAUUCGCACUCCUACAAACCAGGCUGGCAGUAAUGCAGUCUAUGCUGCCAAAGCACAGCUGUUGAAUCAGGCACUGGCUGACAUGCAAAUGGGCUUAUACCAAUGGGUGCUCUUCAUCAUCACCAGCGCCGGAUGGUUUCUGGAUAGUUUCUGGACGAUGUCGUUCGUCGUUAUCGCCCCGUCGGCUUCAAACGAAGCCCAGUUCUUCUUUCCCGGAGAUAAAUCGUCCUACCUCUUCGUCAGUCUAGCUGUAGGCCUGACUGCUGGUGCAACUGCCUGGCCAUGGAUGUCAGACAUCCUGGGUCGUCGGUGGAUCUUCACCAGCACGAUCGUCCUGAUGGGCAUGGGAGGACUAGUCGGUGCCGGCAUGCCUUCCUUCACCGGCCUCUGUGUCGUCGGCUUCGUGGUCGGCUUUGCCGUCGCAGGUAAUCAGCUCGUUGACGCCAUUAUCCUGAUCGAGUCUCUUCCGGCUUCCCAUCAAUUCCUGAUUACCGUGCAAGGGGCGUUCUGGGGAUUGGGCCAGCUAGUCUCAGCCGCAGUCGGAUGGGCGUUCAUCGCAGGGUAUACCUGCGGCACCGGCCCCGACGCCAUCAGCACAUCACAAGCUCUGUCGACACACGCCUCCCGAGCCGAAGGCUCAGCGCAGAGCAGCUCAUCCUGCCACUACGUUUCCAACAAAGGAUGGCGCUACGUAUGGUGGACAUUCGGCUGCAUCACGCUAUUCCUCUACCUCUGCCGUUUCACAUUCCCCCUGCGUGAGACCCCCAAAUACCUCCUCUCCAAGCGCCGCGACGCCGAAGCAGCGCAACUAGUCAACGACAUGGCGACCUACACCAAACGCCGCACCUGGCUCGACGAGACCUCCUUCGCCCGAGUCGACUCCACCAUCGACGCCACCGCAUCCCGACGAACUCCACGCUUCCGCUCCCUCAUCUUCGCCCUCCGACCCACCGGCCUGCCGAUCCUCUGUCUCCUCUGGGCCCUCACCGGCCUCACCUUCCCCCUCCACAAAACCUCCCUCACCACCUACCUCUCCACCACGCACAACAUCGCCCCCAUAACCGCAACAACAGUAACAACCAACUACCUCUACAGUCGCUACCUCUACACCUCCCUCUGCGCAAUCCCCGGCCCCAUAGCCGCAGGCAUCCUAAUCCAAACCAAGGCCCUGGGCCGCAAACGCACCGGCUCCGCAAUCGCCCUCCUCACCGGCCUCUUCAUGCUCCUUGCCACGCUGGCACAGUCCCGGAAUGGCCUGUUGGCAUUCGAAUGCAUACUGUCCUUCCUGCAGUAUGCCGGGCUAGCCGUUCUGACGACGUACACGGUGGAGAUCUUCGCAGCCCCGGUUCGUGGCUUCGGGGUCGCUGUCAUGGGCUUCUGCUGGGGGUUAUUUGCCCUGGUGGCGAUGAUCGUGAAUACCUUUGCGGGGAGUGUGGCUGCCGGUGGUGCGGCGGUUUGGUUUUCUGGUGCCGUUUGGGUGCUUUUGGCGGGGGCUUGGUUGGGGGUUCCUGAAACUCGGGGGGGUGCUGCUGCAUAG